AUGGGUACGAUUUCCAAGUCUACAAACUCUCUUGCUUUCUUCUUCAAUCAUUAUUCUCAUCUUAGGGUUUCUUCCAAUGCUCAAAUUUUUUAUUAUUAUUGUCGUUGUUUUAGUGCUACUUCUGCUAAAACUCCCAAUAGUGGUAGAGAUAUUGUGGAAAGUCCCAAUCAGUUCUUGAAAUCUGUCAGAGAACGUUGCAGAUCUCGUAGCAUUAGGAAUCUUGAUGAUGCGUUAGUCCUGUUUGAUAGAAUGCUUCACAUGCAUCCUUUUCCUUCCAUUGUCGAUUUUAAUCAAUUGCUGGGUGCAAUCGCAAGAAUGAAGCAUCACUCAACUGUUAUUACUCUUAUUAAAGAAAUGGAACUGUCAGGAAUUGCUCCCAAUGUUUUUGUUCUGAGUGUUUUGAUUAAUUGCUUCUGCCAUUUGAACCGGGUGGAUUUCGGCUUCUCUAUUUUAGCAAGAAUUUUGAAGCUUGGUUUUCAACCAGACUGUAUAAUUCUAAACACUCUUGUCAAGGGGCUUUGUCUUCAGAGUAAAAUUGCUGAAGGUAAGACCGGUGAAGCUAUUGGGUUGCUUCGGAAAAUGGAAGAAAGAAAUCUUGAACUUGAUGUAGUGAAGUAUAAUACAAUCAUUGAUAGUUUAUGUAAGGACAGAUUAGUAACUGAGGCUUUGACUCUUUUCUCUGAGAUGACAAAUAGAGGAAUUCAGCCAGACGUUUUUACUUACAAUUCUUUAAUUCAGGGCCUAUGCAAUUUCGGUCGAUGGAAGGAUUCGCAAGAAAAGCUUUUAGGCGGCUUAUACAUAACUAAACUCAGCUCCAACGUGAAUGACCUUCAUCCUUUACCAUCUCUCCCUUCUGGCACUAGGAUGAACCCCUCCGUCUACCUCUACCAUACUCUGACACCACCAAGAACCGUCCAUGCUUAUUGGAGCAACACUGGGCAAGGAAAGCUGGAAAACCAACUAUAG